AUGUGAGACACACCGGGAACAACUAUCCGUGUUCUGUACCACGUGUGAUGCAGCAAUCUGUCAUCAGUGCGCUCUGUUUGACGGGAAACAUGCACAGCACGCAUUUCGUCCUCUGGAUGAAGUGUAUAACGAGCAUGUGAAACAGAUUCAAAGUGAAAUGGAUCAGUUGAAACAUCGUCAUUUGGAAUUGAUUUCACUGUUCCAGGAUGUGGAGAAGAAUGUGCAAAUUGUGAAACAGGCCAAAGAGGAACGGGUUCGAGAGUUACGCAACGCGAUCGAACUAAUGAUUACGCGUCUCGAUUCACAACUUAAAUCAAAACUGGUCACACUGAUGGGUCAACGCAGUGAACUGUUUCAGGAAAUUGAACUACUCGAAGCCUUGUUGCAAGGCGUCCAGACCGAGUUGGACACGGUGUCCCGGGCGGAGAUUAUCAACCGGUAUCCGGAAAUUCUAGCCCUUUUUGCCGAAGUGCAUCGUAAACCGACCACCACAUUUGCCACAACUCCCGUCCCGGCAGAUUUCAUCAGGUGCGUUUCGUGUCUCGAUUCAUCAUAUGUUCGUUUUUCCGCGUCAGCUCUCCGUCUGUGUUUCCUACUUCACACUAUUGUGUCUAAUCGGUGUGUGUGUGUAAAGCAAAUUACAGUACGAUAG